AUGCAGUUUAUUACUCGUUAUCUAUCAUCAGUGGCUCGAUCACGAAGACGUUUUUCGUUUUUAUUUAUUAUUAGUUUAUUUCUUUUGACCGUGCUUAUUUUAUCAAAUAAUCAUGAUCAUCAUCAAUCGAUUGAUUUUUCCCAACAUCAAAAUCAGGAAUCAUUAAUAUCAGCAAAACAUAAAAGCCAUACAAUGAAAGCAUCAAUUACAGAAACUACUAAAAUUAUUGAAAAAAAAGGAUUAUGGCCAGUCGAUGAAAAAGGUCGUUCAUUAAAAAUAAAUUUUCUUACUCUUGAUGCAACAGGAUUUUUUGGUGCUGAUGCUAUUGAAGGUACACAUACUCGAUGCUUAUCAUCAAAUACAACAUUUACUUGGACACGUCAAAAAGAUCGAUUUAAUGAAAUUGACUUUUUUAUAUGUCAUAGUGCUCCUUGUGGUUUAGAUCUUAAAAAUCUACCUUUACAAUUAAAUAAUGAACAACAACAGUAUUCAAUGGGUUUUAUUAUGGAGAGUGAAGUACAUUCAACAACAGGAAAUAGCUGGGCAAAAUAUAAUUUUAUAAUGACAUAUAAUCUUGAUGAUAGUUAUCCAGAACCAGCUACUUAUUUUGAUGUAAAUCUGCAUAUAAUUGAUUUACUUAAACCAUCAUCAAUAUCGUUUGAAGAAAAAGAAAAACAAGCAGAUAUUGUUUGGAUUAUUUCAAAUUGUAAUGCACAUAAUGGUCGAGAAGGUUUUGUCAAACGAUUAAUGCAAGAAAUGAAAGUCGAUUCUUAUGGACCAUGUUUAAACAAUCGUAAAGGUUAUGGAGCUCGUAUGGUUGAUAAUAUAAAUGCAUAUAAAAAAUAUAAAUUUGUUAUUGCUAUUGAAAAUUCUAAUUGUGUUGAUUAUGUAACUGAAAAAUUAGUUAAAGCUGUUGAAUCUGGUUCUAUUCCUAUUGUUGCUGGUCGUAAUGGUCGACCAGAUUAUCAACGUUUUAUGCCUGAACAUUCAUAUAUUAAUGUAUAUGAUUAUAAAUCAAUAAAAGACCUUGCAAAUGAACUUAAACGUAUUGCAAAUAAUAAAACACUAUAUGAGUCUUAUUUAUGGUACAAAAAACAUAAUAAAAUUAUUUCAAAAUUAAGGAAACUUACACUUGAUGAAAAAAUAAAACAUUUUUCUGAUGUUAUUGGUUCAAAUGCAACUAUAAUUACAAAUGGUAUUAUAGCAAAAGAAAAAAGUGAAGAUAAAGUUUGUAAACUUAUACGUUUUGUUCGUCAAACACCAUGGCAAGAAAUUGCUGCUCAUAGUGGAACAGCAAGAAUUGGUUCUGAUAUUGCUUGCUUACCGCGAGGAAGUCUAUUAAGUUAUUUUGAUUCAUCGUCUUCCAAUAGCAAUCAGACAAUAAAGCCUUGA